CCUCCCUCAAACACCCACUUGCCCCCGUUGACAUCGACGCCAUCUCUCACUCUCUCUCUCUCUUUUGGUGUAAUACUCCAAAGAAAAGAAAACCCUCUAGGCUUUUUUUCCGAAUCCGGCGAUGCAAGGCCUACGACGUUGCUCGAACGAAGUCGUCCGCCUCGACCUGAGCCCCCCAACCACCACGUCGUCCUCGUCGCUGUCCAUCGACGUGGCGGAGUCGGCGGAGGCCCGCAUCCGGCGCCUGAUAUCGGAGCACCCGGUGAUCAUCUUCAGCCGACCCUCGUGCUGCAUGUGCCAUGUCAUGAAGAAGCUUCUGUCCACCCUCCGCGUCCACCCCACCGUCAUCGAAUUGGACGACAACGAGAUCGCCGCCCUCCCCUCCGCGACCCUCGACUCCGACACCGACUCCUCCCCUAGCAAUCCCGCCCCGGCUGUCUUCAUUGGCGGCACCUGCGUCGGCGGCUUGGAGUCCCUCGUCGCCCUCCACCUAAGCGGCCACCUCGUCCCCAAGCUCGUCGAAGUCGGUGCUCUCUGGGUAUGAUCCCGGCGCUUGUUGCUUUAAUCGCUCCUAAUUUCUGGUGAUAGUAGAAGUAGUAGACGAAGAAGACGAAGAAGAAGAAGAAGAAGAAGAAUUGCGUCAUGGGAUACUCGCUCUCGUAGAUGCAACACGUGUAUGCUUCGAAAUACACUGUCUCUUGUCUCUUGUCUCUUGGCUUCCAGUUCCAGGUUUCUUUUACCGAGUCCAUCCGGUUAUAAUAGUCCGGUAGAUUCGGGUCCUACCACUUAUUAAUCAAUCUGGGCCGUUAAUUGAUAUAUCUAUAUAAAUUUCCAGGUAAGUUUCGUGUCUCUGGUGGCCUGCAAGCUUGCAUCUGUAAUAAUAGUUGGUGUGUCGAUCUUAUAUAUACUGUAUUGAAUAGAAAAUAGUUCUUCUUCUA